CAACAGCUUUGCGAGGCUCACUCGGUCUGAGAGGUCGGAGGCUGCGAGUGUCGCUGCUGAAGGCUGUGGUAGACCGGGCUGGAUCGCGGAUUGUGGAGUAGAUUAUACAUUUGGGAUCACAGAUUGGGGGUUGGUUCGUGGAUUUGGGGUAGGAUGGAGGAUUUGGGGUUGGAUAGGGGAUUUGGGGCUGGGUCGGCUGGGGUCGGGGGAGAGGAGUGGUGAAAAGGUGACAGGGAGCUGCCCCCGCUCAAGAGCCGGUGGUUGGGGGUCUGAGAAGAAGUCACCACUAUGAAGUUAUUCGGCUUCGGGAGCCACAGGGGCCAGACGGCCCAGGGCUCCAUAGACCACGUCUACAUGGGUUCCGGAUACCGAAUCCAGGACUCCGAACUGCAGAAGAUCCACAGGGCGGCUGUCAAGGGUGACGCCGCGGAGGUGGAGCGCUGCCUGGCACGCAGGAGCGGAGACCUGGACGCCCUGGACAAGCAGCACAGAACUGCUCUAUAUUUGGCCUGUGCCAGUGGCCAUGUGAACAUGGUCACUCUCCUGGUUAACAGAAAAUGCCAGAUUGAUAUCUGUGACAAAGAAAACAGAAUGCCUUUGAUACAGGCUGUCCAUUGCCAGGAAGAGGCUUGUGCUGUUAUUUUGGUGGAACAUGACGCCAAUCCAAACCUUAAGGAUAUCUAUGGUAACACUGCUCUCCAUUAUGCUGUGUAUAGUGAGAGCACCUCACUGGCAGAAAAACUGCUUUUCCAUGGCACAAAUAUUGAAGCACUGGACAAGGACAAUAAUAUCCCACUUUUAUUCACUGUAAUUUGCAAGAAAGAGAAAAUGGUAGAAUUUUUAUUGAAAAACAAAGCAAGUACGCAUGCCGUUGAUAGGCUGAGACUGUCAGCCCUCAUGCUUGCUGCAUAUGACUCACCAGGUAUUGUCAACAUCCUUCUUAAGCAAAAUAUUAAUGUCUUCACUCAAGACAUGUGUGGACAAGAUGCAGAAGAUUACGCUAUUUCUCAUCAUUUGACAAAAAUUCAACAACAAAUUUUGGAACAUAAAAAGAAGAUACUUAAAAAGGACAAACCAGAUGUUGGAAGUUCUGAUGAAUCUGCAGUCAGCAUUUUCCAUGAACUGUGUGUGGAUUCAUUGCCUGCAUCACAUGACAAAGACUUGCGUGUUGCUACUAAGCAGCGUGUCCCUGAGAAAGUGUCAGAGCCUUUACCUGGACCUUCCCAUGAAAAAGGAAACAGAAUAGUCAAUGGAAAAGGAGAAGGGCCUCCUGCAAAACAUCCUUCCUUGAAACCUAGCACUGAGAUGGAAGAUCCUGCUGUGAAAGGAGCAGUACAAAGAAAGAAUGUACAGACAUUGAGAGCAGAACAAGCCUUACGAGUGGCUUCAGAGGAAGGGCAAGAAAGGCUUGAAGGAAGUGAAAAGAAACAACCACAGGUCAAAGAAGGAAAUAAUACAAACAAAAGUGAAAAAAUACAACUAUCAGAAAAUAUAUGUGAUAGCACAUCUGCUGCUGCUGCUGACAGAUUAACCCAACAAAGAAAGAUUGGGAAAACAUAUCCUCAGCAAUUUCCCAAGAAGCAAGAAGAGCAUGAUAGACGCACCUUAAAACAAGAAAAUGAAGAAAAAACAAAUGUUAAUAUGCUGUACAAAAAAAGUACAGAAGAAUUAGAAAGGAAAGAAAAACAAUAUAAGAAAGAAGUUGAAGCAAAACAACUUGAGCCAACUGUUCAAUCACUAGAGAUGAAACCGAAGACUGCAAGAAAUACUCCAAAUCAGGAUUUUCAUAAUCAUGAAGAAAUGAAAGAUCUGAUGGAUGAAAAUUACAUUUUGAAGACUAUUGCUAUACUCAGACAGGAAAUAUGCACAAUGAAAAAUGACAACCUGGAAAAAGAAAAUAAAUAUCUUAAGGAAUUAAAAUUGUUAAAAAAUGCUGACCUUGAAAAGAGUAUGAAACUCAAUGAGGAAAUGAUAACAAAAACAGCAUUCCAGUAUCAACAAGAGCUUAAUGAUCUCAAAGCUGAGAAUGCAAGGCUCAAUUCCAAACUGUUGAAGGAAAAAGAAAGCAAGGAAAGACUGGAACCUGACAUUGAAUCUUAUCAGUCUAGACUGGCUGCUGCUAUAAGUAAACACAAUGAAAGUGUGAAAACAGAAAGAGACCUAAAACUUGCUUUAGAGAGAACACAAGAUGUUUCUGAACAAGUAAAAAUCAGUGCUGAUAUUUCCAAAGUAAAAGAUGAGAAUGAGUUUCUCACUGAACAACUUUCUAAAAUGCAAAUUAAAUUCAAUACCUUAAAAGAUAAGUUCCGUAAACGAGAUACUCUCAGAAAAAAGUCAUUGGCUUUAGAAACUGUACAAAACGACCUAAGCCAAACACCGCAGCAAAUAAAGGAAAUGAAAGAGAUGUAUCAAAAUGCAGAAGCUGAAGUGAGUAAAUCCACUGGAAAGUGGAACUGUGUAGAAGAGAGGAUAUGUUAACUCCAACGUGAAAAUCUGUGGCUUGAACAGCAACUAGAUGAUGUUCAUCAGAAAGAGGAUCAUGAAGAGAUAGUAAUUAAUAUCCAAAGAGGCUUUAUUGAGAGUGGAAAGAAAGACCUCCUGCUAGAAGAGAAAAAUAAGGAGCGAAUGAAUGAAUAUAAUUAUUUAAAAGAAAGUCUCUUUCAAUAUGAGAAAGAGAAAACAGAAAGAGUAGUAAGUACCAAGGAAGAUAAAUACUUUCAAACUUCUAGAAAGAAAAUUUAAACCUUUGGUUCUGGAUACAUGUUGUACCUAGUUGAAUAUAAAAAUCAAUAGAUAAAAAGUGUGUUUACCAUAGGUAUAAUUCCAUUUACAUGAAACAUCCAAAAAAGAUAAAUGUAUAGGAACAAAAAGUAGAUUAAUGUUUGUGAAGGGCUGGGGCUGGAAGCUGGUAGUGACUGCUAAUGGGCGUGAGGGAUCUUGCAGUGAUGGAAAUGCUCUAAAGUUGCGUUGUAGAGAUGGCUGCACAACUCAGUAAAUUUACUAAAAAUCUUUUAUCUUCAUGUUAAAACAGAUACAUUCUAUAGUAUGUAAAUUAUAUUUCAACAAAACUUUUUAGUAAAAAAAGGAAAAAUGUGUUUACUAUAUCAGCUUAGAAACAUACGUUGUUUCCAGGAAAUAAAAGGUAGAGCUGAGAGAUGAUUUACUUUGAGAAAAGACAUUGUGUCACCUAUGAAAUUUUAUUAGGCACAGAGUCAUAUUUUAAGGUAGAUAGUCCUGUACUGCUGAAAUAAUAAUUUUAAUGUCUUUAUGUUGCCACAUGUUAAGACCAUGAUGAAGGUAUAAAUGGAAAUGUUUACACCUGAAAUGAGUAUUUUCAAAUUAAAAUUUAAUUAAGUGAUUUGCUUCGACACUUAAUUCUAGAUUUCCCAGAUGAACUGAAGUGUAUUGCUGUGUCUUGUAAUAUCUUGCUUUAGGUAGAUUUUUAUAUAUUUUGGUUGGUAUAGCUUUAUUAUUAUUCAUAUUAAUAUAACUUAAAUCUGAAAAUAUGUCAGUCUCAAAUUACAUAUUUUUAUGACCACAUAAUGUUUUAAAGGCACCUACUUGUUAUAAAAUUAUAAUUUAGGGUAAAUGUGGUAAAUUUCAGCAAAGCCAUGUUUGAUUUAGUCUUCCCACUGGUAUUCAUAAUUUACUUUGAAUAUGUUUAUUAAUAAUUAGCUCAUAAUUUUUAUUUCAAGGCUCAAUGACUGUCAUUUGAAUAUAACUUUGUCCAGUACAAAGAUAUACUGUAGCUGCCUGUGAUUUAUGAGUUAGGCAUUAGAUCCCCAUUUUCAGACUAAAGAGGGGUGGCAGGCUUCAUGUACAGUGGGAAUGGAGUAA